AUGCGGCCCCCUCUGGCGAUUGUGAUCAUCAGUCUCAACUGCUAUGAAUUCAUAAAAACGACUGAUUUCAACCCGGUGCACUAUUACCAUAUAAGGGAAGAGAAUAUUCGACUUCGGGAGGAGAAAAGAAUACGUGAUGAAAGACUGGCAAUCGUGGGUAGAGAAUGGGAUAAAAGUAGGGAAGGCAGGAGGGCAACAAAAGGCAUUCCUGAUGAAUUACAAGGGCGAGAUAGGCAAGAUAGAAUUGUUUGGGAAGGGGGAGUGAAUCAGCAGGAUGGUAGCUCGCUGUGCUCGUUGCCAAGAGAAGUGAGAGAUAUAAUCUGGAAAGAGAUUAUGGGUGGAUAUUUGAUUCAUUUUAUUUGGUUAAAUGCAUACAGGAGAUUCGACAUUUUUAGAUGCAAAGGUGUGAAUGGAAAAUGUAUCGGACCAGCCUGCCAGGAGAUCAAGAAGGGCAAGGGAGUGAAAGACCACUGGGGAAAUGUGGAACUUCUUGGUCAUCUGUUGGUUUGUCGGAAGAUGUAUGAGGAGAUGCUUCCACUUCUAUAUGGAAAAAAUUAUUUCCAAUUCAUCCAUAUUAGUAACCGCUGCCGAAAUGUAAAAGUAUGGGCGAAGGAUGAUAUUGCUUACGAUGCUGGCAAAAGAAAGAUUGGCAGAAGGAUUACCUUGAAGCCUGCGCGCCUAGGCACACAAGAUACAACGGGUUUGAGGAAGUAUGCUAUGCAUGUUGGCCUCAAAAUCCAGCGUCAAAAACCUGAAAAUAAAUCAUGGUCUGUGUUGAACUCGAGAAAAUCGUUUCAGGAAUUAGAUUCGAUUAGCAUGUACAUAUCUCGCCUCAGAGUAUAUCUAGGAAAUUCUUAA